UGUGUACAGAAACCCUGUGUAAAACCACAUUUAAGGUGCCCCAGUUUGGCUGGGACAACUUUUGUGACAGUUUCCCUGGGCACUGGAGUGAACAGUGAUGAUUCAGACUGCUGCUGGCAGCGCUGUGAUGAGCCCAGGGGCACCCCGAGCCUGCCCCACGCCUAAGGCACCCACCCUUCCCACGGGCAGCGGCACAAUCCGUGCGGGGCUGCACCGCCCCAGCACGGGGGGAGCAGCCCCCAGGAGCACCCUGGUGCUGGGCAGGGUGACACUGUCACCCGUGGUGACACUUCAGCUCCCACCCAGGGCAAUCCGCCGUGCCUGCCGGGGCUGGCCGGGGCUGCGCUGGCUCCCGGCGCUGUGGGCAGCUCUCCAAGCGCCCUGCUGGUGCUCUGGUGCUCUCUUGUGUCCGUGAGGGCUUUGAGAGCCAUGGCUAGCCUGUGGCUAGCCUUGCUGUCGGGAGAGGCGGCGGGGAGAAAAGGCAGGGAUGUUAUUAUCCCCCGGGAGCAGCCCGGCGCUGUGGGUGCCGUGCUGUACCUGCCGGCCUCCUCACGUCACCGGGCUGCCGCUAUAAAGCGCAGGCGGCACAGCAUCCCCCAGCGCAGCUCCGCGCAUCUUCAAGGAGCCAGCCACUGGCGGGCAGAGAGAUGUUUUAUUCCGGGAUCCUGACGGAGCCGGGCAGGAAAGAAGUGCAGAUAAGGGAAGCGGCGUCUCUCCGCCAGCAGAGGAGAAUGAAGCAGGCGGUUCAGUUUAUUCACAAGGAUUCUGCGGAUCUCCUCCCUCUGGACGGGCUGAAGAAGCUGGGCACUUCGAAAGAUACUCAACCACAUAACAUCCUGCAGAAGCGCCUGAUGGAGACAAAUUUAUCCAAGUUCCGAGGCAGUCGAGGCAGCUGGACUCCGAAGGGUGAUCUCUCAUCACAGACCAACAAGCUGAACCAAACCAAACUGGACAGCUCAGGGAAAACAGAAGAUGAAGAGCUCAUAGUGGUGAGCUGCCAGUGUGCAGGGAAGGAGCUGAAGGCUGUGGUGGACACUGGCUCGCAGCACAACCUCAUGUCAUCUGCCUGCCUGGACAGGCUAGGGUUAAAGGAGCAUCUCAAAGCACUCCCUGUUGAAGACGAGGUGGGUUCAUUGCCAAACAAGGUGAAAGCCAUCGGCCAGAUCGAGUGUCUGUCCCUCAUGGUGGGAGCAGUCCCAGUGGAGUGUGCUGUCCUCGUUGUGGAAGACAACGACCAACCCUUUUCCUUUGGGCUGCAGACACUGAAGUCUCUGAAGUGUGUCAUAAACAUGGAGAAGCACCACCUCGUUCUGGGGCAGAUGGACAGGGAAGAAAUCCCAUUUGUGGGCAUUGACAGUGCUGAGGCAGGAAAGCAUUUCAGCAGUUUGGAGGCAUAGAGAAAUUGAAAUGCCAUCCCCACACAAGAGCUUGAUAUCAAAGAAAUCCUGUGCAGCUGUUCCAGAUGAAACAGCAACGCGUUGCUUUGAAAACAUUUAUACCAGGCUACAGCUAGAGUAGACAUAAAUGAAAUCCUGUUUGUAGCCAGUAAUUUAGAGAUAUUGUCAUGUUUAUCUAUGGGUUUUGAGAAACAAACGUGUGCUUAUUUUCUGGACUUUUCUAUAUAGUGUCCUCUUUACUACAAACAGUUGGGAAAACCUUAUGAAUUUCUUCUGAUGAGAAAAAUACUUUUUAUAGUGGCCUCAUAUGAGUAGUUGUACUUAGCUGUGAUCAGAGGCUAUCAGAAUGAGAUUUUUAUUAAUGAUUUUUCCAGAGGCUAAGCAUUUAUAUUCACUUAAUUGAUAUUGCCACAUUCAAAUGGCCAUUACCAGGAAGUGACUCGGAGUAAAACAGCAAUGUUAAUACCACCUAGGAAUUACAGCUCAUCCUGUUAGCAUAGUAUUGUUGCCAUGUAAUUAGGGACGCAACUGCUGGCUUGAUGAGAAAGAGCAUUUGCAGAAUUAUUAAUGGGUUACAGGCUUCUCUGCAGUGGCGUGGCAGAAGCACAGGAACAAGGUUUGGGAGGGCUCCCACUGUGGGGUUGGCAUGAGUGCUGGGGCUCAAAACCCUCUGAGAAGGAAUUCUCUGGGCAAGUCUUGGCUGCCCUCCUGUGAAGGUAGUCAAGUAAAUAAAUCAGUCAUUUCACCAGGCCAAAAAACAGCAAACAGGCACAGAAGUGUUUUGUCUGGAAAGCAGGAGAUGCAGUGCCCUUGGCUGCCCCUGCCACCAGGAGCUGUGCUUAUUCCUGCCCACCCAGCACCCGGCCUGAAGCUCCUGCAGUGCCCAGGCCACAGCUGGUGCAGGUUAUUGACUCCAGCUGCACUUCAUUGCUGCUGCCAGGAAUGCCAUAUUUUUUUAUACCUGUCUACAAUUGGGUUCUGAAGUACAACCCUUGAUGACCCUCAGGUGGGAGGUGGGACUUUUGGCUAGGACAAGCAUUUAAUUUGGUGCCACAGUCUGGGAGCAGCAGGGUUGCUGCUUCCUGUGACACACAGUAUUGCCUAGGGGAGCCUGGCCCUGCACAAACACAGCUUUUUAUGUUUUCAAAACCUAAUGGGAAUUAAUUGCUGUUAUCUGCUGAAGAGGCAUCUUUAAAAUUCAGAAUAAUAUCCUUGUGAUGUUGUGGAUCUGCUGACAGCCAGUCCUGCUGCAGCUGGGUCCUUAAGGGUUUCAGUUGUGCUGCAGGAACAGGAGCUGCUUCUGUAGCUCUGAUUUAGCAAAACCACUUUGGCCCUGGCAUCAGCUGUAAGCACCGACAGCAUUCUCCCUUUGGAAGCCUCUUGAUGGUUCUGGGUGAGGAUCAGAAAGCUUUGUCAUCUCAUGGCCAUCAGCAGCCACACUCCUGCCAGCUGAUCCAGUGUGCCAGCCCACCCCUGCCAUCCCCUGCCUGCCAGAGCAUCUCAGCUGGAACUUUACCUCCUGCAGUGGGUUUGAACCUCUUUUCAAUAGUGGGUAUAUCCAGCAAACCUGAACUAUCUGUAUUUCGAGCUAUUUUCUAUUUUGGUGAUAAGUUUCAGUGCUUUCUCUAUAUACAGUAUUUUAUAUAACACAGCUAUAAAUAUAUAUAUAUAUUUACAGGGUUGGGCUGCCCAGGGUAGUCCCACUGAUGUGUUGUAGAAAUAUUUCACUAAAUAUGAAAUAUAUUUGAUUAUUUUAUAUGCUACGAGUUUCGUAUUUUGGUACUUUUUUCUUUUUGUGCAUAUUACUGUGAUAAAUGUCAAAUUAAAUCUAAAUAAAGAUACACUGUUAUUGCUGUUUAUUUGCU